AUGGACAUGGCUGCCCAGCAAGCAGCAAUUAUUGCUAAAAUAUUCUCUUACAAGCCAGAUACUUGGGUCACUGCGACUAUAUCUGAGAUUGAAAAGGUUCCUGAGGAAGAUCAAGCAGAAUUCGUCAAGUCACUUCUCGAUGGAAUAGCAGCUUAUAAAGCCAAAGUCCUCAAUGCCUCCUCGAUUUUACAAAGAGGACCAAAUCUAAACCCAGAAGUCAACAUCAGAGCAUGGGGGAUGAUGCAUGCUCGUUUCUUGGCUCGCCUUUUUAUCAAGCAUCCUACUCUAUGCGAGCGCUUGUGCGUCAAAGUCGAGAAUGAUACCUAUAACCCAGGCUGGAGAAUCGAGGUGAAGAGAUUCAGAGAGAUCGAAAAUCACAAGGAACGAAUCGAAGCCGAUGUUGAAGAGGCUUGUGUAAAGAGUCAGUUAUACCUCAGCAGUCAUUCAGGCUAUGACUUUCAUAUUACCUACAACCACUCUUCUACCAAUGGCUCUCAUUCAGAGGCAGUAUCUAUUCCUCAAGUUGAAGUUCAAGGUCAUCAAUCAGCUGCUGAAUAUUUUGUGACUCGACCCAAACCACCAAUGCGCGCUUCAUCGUCAGGCAUUGACUCUCUUCAAGUCGACGGUACUGACAAUCGCAAUUUAGAUGAAUCUCAACGUGGCUCUGACUCCAAUCCGCCGAGCCGGAUGGAACCUCAGAUGGGACUUUUCAAAGUUGAUGGUGGCAACGAUGGUUCUGCAGACACAUCCUCCCACGAUCGCACUCGAUCAAGUCAUUCUAAGCACGUAAGAUUUGCCCUUGCUGUCGAAAAGAACGCAGCCGCCGAAUUGGAGACCAUCAGCAAGAUGGAUGUAUCAUCUCUUUAUCUUUCUCCACAAGAGAGGGCUCACCAAUUACACUUGGAGCGCCAACGUCAGGCCGAAGCAGCUUUCCAAGAUGACGAUUUGUAUGGUGUUAGUGAUGAAGAGUUACAUCGAUCUGCGAGCGCGAAGCCAAACAAGGGAAAGGGAGUUGUGAGACCUGACAAUAAGUCGCUAAACACAGUGUCUACUCGACGACGAUCAGCUGUUAAACCCGAGGUUUUUGAUUCUGACGACGAGACCCACCUCACUCCAAUUGACAGUGAUAGUGAUGCCACAAUCAGUGACAAUGGAGAAGGUGAUGAUGGGGCUUCUCUUGCGGGCGAUCACCAUCGUUCUUCGCUGUCCUCUCAAUCUAGGGAGACAGCUCUCAACAGACAAUUGGCCAAAAUCCAAGUUACCACAGAUGGCGAGGCUCGUGCUCCGGAGCUUGAUUCUGAAACCGAAGAUGAUGCCAAAGGCGAAGGUUCCUCUCCUUUAGAAUCUAUCGAUGGUGACAAUGAAGAGCGUUUCUCACUCAGAGAAAUGAUCGAUGCAAUGGAAUACGUCGCCGAACAUCCUUGGGUCUGCGAGCACGGAAUGGUCGAUCAUGUCUGGGACGAAUACAAACUUUUCCAUGAGUAUAAAACAGAGGCUCUCAAAAUAGCACAGGAUGAGAUGGAAGAGAUGCAGAGAGCUGCUGUAAAUAAGGCUGCUGCUUCUACGCGCAAGGGAAAGGAAGUCGACCGGGUCACCACUGCUAUACACAGAACACGCAGUACGGACCAGUCUCUUCCUACCUACAGUGCACCUUCUCGUCGCGCUACAGGCUCUGCUAGUCAGCAAAAGACAGUUCACGACGCUAAUGCGAGUCGUUCUACAAGUGUCGACAAGGGAAAAAGAGUUUCUGUCACCGCCAAUUCUGCGUAUCGUAAUCGCGAAUUGUUGCAGAUUUCGGCUGUCUACGAUGCACUCCCAAAUCGUGCUCCAGCUUCCCAUAGUCCUACAUCUUCUGCCUACAGUCCUCCACGUCGUAGAACAGUUUCCGCCAGUCAAGAAAGGGUAGUUCAUAGUGACGAUGCAACUGAUGCUCCGAGUGCUGACAAUUCACCGAUUAUCCCGCAAGCCUCCCCUACUGCAUCUGAAACUCGCAAGAGGAUGCAGAUUGCUGCUGUCUACAACUCACUUGGACGACAAAACGAGAUGCCUCGUCGGGCUUUUGCAUAUGAUGGAGCUCGUGAUGAUAAGGAAGAGGAAGAGAUAGUUGCAGAGCUCGCCAUUUCUAAACUCGGAAGAACACGCAGUCUACAGCCUGCUGGUGAAUAUAGAUCAACUCGUCGUCAAGGUCCACCUUCUUUCACUCUUAAACAAGAAGUUACUGCGCCCAGUACUUUUGGUCUACGCUCUUCUAGUCAUCAAGAUGAAGUUACUCAUUCCGGAAGCUUCUCGUCUAAUUAUGGAGAAGACUCAUAUAUGGAUUUGGAUACGAAUUUGACACCUCCUCGUCAUCGAUCAGCCACCACUAGUGGUCAAAAUCAAGAAGAUCCUUUAAGUAAUCCUACCAGUGCCAGUCAGGCAGCAGAAGCUACCGAAGAUACUACCUCCGGACCUACAACUCACAGCCUAGAUCAUCAACCUACUGAUUACAACAGUCCAUCUCAAAGCCCUCAUCACAUUACAACAUAUGAUGGCCCUCAAGAAGAAGAACCAUGGUUCAUUGGCGAUGAAGCUAGUACCUUUGGAACACCGGGAAUGUAUCUGAACACGGAUUGGCACCCAGCUCCCACUUGGACUCCCGUCAAUAAACCAAAACAAACACAGACAUAUGCUGGUAAUGCCAACCAUCACGAUUUCAGUCCUGGAAAUAUAUCGAAUCCUCCGGUCCAGCAUAUUGGUAGAUCUUUCGGUCGUCGAAAUGCAUUCAGUGCUCAGGGAAUGGGCAGUGAUGGUUUUUUUGACUUUGGUGAUGUGCAUCAGAGUUUCGGUGCAUCUGGUAGCAUGAAUCCGUUUUCGUUCGAAGAUUCGUUUCGGGGCCAGUUUGAUAAUAUCAAUCAAUUUGUUGAAGGUGAUAUGAAUCAGUUCUUUGAUCAAGAGGAUGAUGAUGAUGCGGAAUUGUUUGUUGUUGAGGAGACACCUUGUCGUACUCAGGUGGCUGGUACCAGAAACCAAGAACAGGAUAGUGAUAUGGGUGAAGAUAAUGAUGAUUUCCAAGUCGACGGUAAUCAAUCUUUCGACGACGACGACGACGAGGAAAGCGUUAAGAUUCAAACACCCAGCAAGAAGCCAACUAUCCGUGUUCGAGUGUCUGGCGCUAGAAAUCAAGAAGAGGAUAGUUAUAUGAUUGAUGACAAUGAUGAUGCUCGAUACGAGGGUAACCAAUCUUUUGACGACGAAGACGAAGACGUUGAGAUUCAAACCCCCACCAAGAAACCAACUCUUCGUAUUCGAGUAUCUGGCACUAGAAAUCAAGAACAGGACAUUGUUAUGGUCGACGACAACGAUUAUCUCCACUCCGAUAGUCAUCAAUCUGCCACCGACGAAGACGAAGACCAAGCUACAAACAACCAAACCUCCACCAUCCCCCCAUCCCGCCGUUCCCGCCAACCCGCUUCCAAAGCCCGCAAAGCAUCCCGCAAAACCACUACUACUACCACAAAUAAAGCCAAACUCUCCAAAAGAAUCGAUAAAAAAAGGUACGAUAAAACCAUCGGAGGUUACCGCAAAGGAAAAGGUGACGAACAACCAUACGAAGCGCAGUCGACGAAGAGACAGGCACUUUCUACAUUGGAACGUAGACAGACGAGACAAACUAGGCAGACUGCGUUGGGUGCGGAACUUGCGGUUCGGGAUCCUGUAUCUACGAGUAUAAGGUUACCUACUGAGGCUUCUUCAUCGGAUGGACAGGAUGUACCGGCUGCACGUAAGAUCGUUUUGAGGUGGAAGGUUGGCGGGAGGGAUGUUGGGAAUGUUGAGGUUGGGGAUGGUGAGAUUGUCAAGGAUAAGGAGCGCGAGCUUGAUUUUGAUUUUGAUGCUGAGGAUCUGGAUCAGGAUUUGUGA